AUGGUUUAUCGAGAUCUCCUGGGACCGAAAUUCAAGCACGACGAGAUCAUCAGUGUCCCCCUUCAAAGGGCCCAGCCCGCCAUAACACGAGUCAACAAGCAGCUUCGGGCGGAGUCACUCUCCAUCUACUACGCGGAGAAUAGUUUCUGGUUGGAGAUAAACCUCCAGGAAGAUUAUACUUCGUACAUGGGCACCACAGGCUACUUCAACUUCUGCCACUACGUGGAGAGAUUUGCGCCCGCUCAAGCACAGAGCCGCGGCAUUCAAAACCCCUUGCACCAUGUACGUGACGUGGACGCAGGAAUUAGGGUCGGCCCCUACACGGCAUUCGCACGUUGUGCAAGGUUUGAGAAGAAACCGGACAGAGAUUUCAGAGGGAAUACAGGCUGGUGGGGUCUGACGGUCGGCAGGCUGGGAGGGGAUGAAAUAGACUGGGCGGACCGCACAAGCGUCGAUGCACUUGUCAAACAGUGGAUGGAUGCAUUACCCGGCUCUGAAGAGCAAGAUGCGCAAGAACGCCUGAUCCAUGUCCUGUGCCAAUUAGGCGUGAAUCUUAGGCCUGACUCAACGACGUUGGUCUCAUUUGGCUAUUGA